AUGGACGAUCCUGAAGCAACCAAUGUGAGCCAGGAGCCCAGGAUUACCAGAAAGAGAAAACGGGCCGCUCAUGCAUGCGAGCCUUGCAGGCAGCGCAAGUCUCGCUGCGAUGGAUCACGCCCAGUCUGUGACCUCUGCGACGAGCAUGGCGUUGAAUGUUACUAUCGAGACUCGGUAGCAAUGCCUGCGCCCAAGGUAGACCAUCACGCCGUAGCACAGCUUGACACUAGACUCAGAGAUAUGGAACGUCUACUCCAUAGACUGGUUCCAGCUUCUUCUCGGGAACCAAUCCCCUCUCCCUCGUCCUUAGCCCAGAACGAUGCCCCGGAAGAAGGAACUCACCCAAGUUCUGUCGACAUGCAGGGCCGUGAUGCCACCCCCCAGGACGAGACUCGUGUGGAGCUAGCGUCGGGUCUCGACAAGUCGGCAUGGCCUACUGACCCUGGCGAUAGCGUCGAUGGCAUGGCAUCAAUCACUUUUCAGGGCGAGGCUUGCUCAGGCGUCUUUGGUCCUACAUCCAACCCUGCCUUCCUUCAAAAGAUCAUUAUCGCACAGCGCAGCAUCUUUGGACAUGGACAGAACCGUACGCCAAGCCUGAAUACCUUUCAAGCUGCCGCCACACUCGAUAUUUCACGGCCGGCUUCUCCGCCGCUCGCAUCGACGGACGUACAAAGUCCUCCUGUAGUAAACCCUCACGUUCUCCCUUCUCAUCACGAUGUCUUGCAAAUGGUGGAUACCUUUUUUGAUAACACAGGGAAAUUCUUUCCGUACCUCUACAAGCCUUAUAUCCUUCGCAGCUUCGCCAACAUGCGCAGAACUAGCUUCCAGAACGUUGAGCGAUCCCAGCUUUGCAUCUUGAAUCUGCUAAUGGCCUUCGCUACGACUCACUGCCCUUCAGACUUGCCGGCGUCAGCCAGGGCAGAGAGGGGUGAUGUUUUCCUGCAGCGAGCACUGCUACUGAUCCUGGAUAUUACGCCGGCAGCAGGCAGUCUUGAGCCAAUACAGGCGCUGUUGAUGGCAACCCAAUACAUUCAGGGCACGCAGAGAUCGUCCCAGACAAUGUGCAGCAUGACCUACGGUCGUCCAGAACUCAUGCCCAAUGCAUACAUGGUGAUGGACUUGCCAACCGAUGUUGAGCUUGAGACGCUUGCCGGCAACCUUCCGGAUAACUUGAUUCCUUCUGCCACGUCAACACCAAGUCUCUUGGUCUACACAUCUCGACUGUAUCUCAUUCUCGGCAAGGUCAUAGAGUCUGUCUACGACAACAACAUAUCUAGCCCAGCCCAAACAACAAGCCUGCAUCAGAUGCUGACCAAGGUUCUGGAGGUAGAUCAGGACCUGAUCAAUUGGCGUCAGCAACUCCCCCCCGGGCUCUCCCAGGUCACUGCGUCAGAGCUCAGUCAGUUGCAAGCCGUGGGAGAAAUACAGACAUACCGAUAUCGCACCAUCCUCACCGUGAGGUAUGUACUUCGCGAGUGCUGGAUCAAGCCGCGAAUGGCUGCCAUCGUCACCAUCGUCAUGCAGCUUGGGGGCACUGUACUUGGCCGGACCUCGCGGGGACUCGGGGGGAGAUAA